CCUUGGUCUAGCUCUAUGGACUAAGUUGAUACUGCUGAAGUUCCGCCUCCUUCUGUCUCAGCUAUGGACGCAUUUUAGCUCCAGAGCUCAGAGCUGAGCUUGGAAUUCCCUGGAUAAGCACAGAAGGUAUUCUUCCAAAGGCCUUGGCUCAACAGAUCAGUUCUCAAGACAUGCAGUCUGCUUCUGUAUGUGGAAAAAAGGCCAAGACAUUGGAAAAUGUGUAUAACCAAGAGAUUGUGGCUGCUGAAUGCUUUGUCAAACCAGAAAAUAUUGCUAGUGGUAGCAGUGCGAUCCCACUUGAAAUGACCGACAGCCAUUCAGCGAUGUUGGUCGAGACUAGCAAACAAAAAUACCAUCCAGAAUAUAAUCGGAAGAAUGAAUGUUCCUAUGGGCUUGAAAAAGCAUCCUCGCAGGAUGUUGAUCCUGAAAUACACCAUGCUUCAACUUCAUUUAAUGUAUCCUUUGGAAAGCUCCCUAGCCCAAAAGUUGCACGUCGCUCCAUGAGUCGCUUCAGUCUGAAACAAGGUGUUAAUCGCCGGAAGUCACUGCCACCUUUUCAUGUCGAUAUUUUGGACUUGAGUAAGGCAAUCAGCCUGGAUUUGCCAGAGGCUGAGAGAAUGGCAGCACUCCUCCUUUCUAGUUUCCAGUACUCUGCCCAAAAGCUUGAGCAGUCUCUGGGGCACAUGGAAGGCUUUAAUUUUGAAACUUUUCAGCAGAAUGUGAGCUCACUUUCAGAAGAGUUGAGGCUCCAUAUAAAGAAACUGAUCCUCGAUGGAAUGGUGCAGAAAUGCUUUGAUGACCCCAAAUGCGGUCUGUCAGAUCCUGCAUUCAAUGAAUUGGUGGCUGCCUUAAAGGACACCAUUGCGAGGUUUUCAGCAGAGAAUCAAGCUUGGGAUGAGCUACUUCUGUCUUACCAGAAAAAAAUGGAAGAAAUAUCCAGGCAGCUAGAGUCAUGCGAGCUGAAACAAGCACCAGAGGAAUCUUGCAGCUACCUUGGGGCAUCCCAAGCCCAUGUACUUCAAGCCAAGCCAGACUAUCAAAAAAUACUGGAUUGUCAAGCAGAAGUCUUUUAUUGUCUAGAGGGAGUGCUUGAUGAAAUCAGUCAGAUGGUAAAAGUUUGUCAGACCUAUGUGGAAGAUACUACAUUAUAUCUCCAGAAACUAUCAGCACAACUUGCAUCCAGAACUUUCCUGAGAUUAGAGAAAUCACCAGCCCGAAAACUUCUGAGGCUUUUCCAGACAAAAUCAUCUGUAUUGCCACCUCCAAAGGAUUAAAGAAAGUUUCAGUUUCAUUUUGCUAACAGGCAUUUCUUCAAGACAUUCUUCAUCUGACUUUCUAAAACUCACUUUGGAAAUAUCUAGGUAGGCCAUAGCUGUUAGCAACUUAAAUAUUGGCUUGGCCAUUAUUACUGAAAAGAGCAAGAAGCUGAUCUCUCCACCGAUGUAUGGUAGUGGGGGUGGAAAAGUAAGAGAACAACAGAAAGAUAUAGCAGCUUUUCAUUCUGUGUUUGAGCGUAUUUUUCUCCAUUCUACUAUGAACAUUUGAUGAAUAGCAGACACGUGUGUAAAAGUCUUGCAGUAUUUUUAGCUGCUUUGUCUUGUGCACUGUCUUCAAUAUUCUGAUGCUACUCAGAAAUAAAUUUUAUACUCCUAGAUGUGAAAAUCAAUUCUCACAUAGACCGGCAAAUAUUGGUAAAAAAUAGUAUUGAUUUCCAACUGGAAUGAUUAAAGGUUUUCAGGAGUCCCA